GUAGCCGUACGUAACCUGUUGGACGAACGCGUGAUUUCGGGUACGGAGUCUGUCGCCCAGAGGUCCAAAGACAGUUUCUACACCUGCACCAAGUUGCACUGAGCAAUAUAUUACAAAAAUAUGACAGGCAAGCGUGCAUUAGUCAUUUUGGCAAAGGGUGCAGAGGAGAUGGAAACUGUUAUACCGGUGGACGUCAUGCGUAGAGCUGGGAUUGCAGUCACUGUAGCUGGGCUGACUGGAAAGGAACCGGUCCAGUGCAGUCGUGAUGUGUUCAUCUGUCCAGAUACUAGCUUGGAGGAUGCCCGCAAACAGGGGCCGUAUGAUGUUGUACUUUUACCAGGAGGAGCAGGAGGAGCCCAGAACCUCUCAGAGUCUACAGCUGUGAAGGAAGUGUUGAAGGACCAGGAGGGCAGAAAGGGUCUGAUUGCAGCCAUCUGUGCAGGUCCCACAGCACUGCUGGCCCAUGGCAUUGCCUACGGCAGCACAGUCACCACCCACCCCGGCAUGAAGGACAAGAUGAUGAAUGGAGACCACUUUAAGUACUCGGAGUCCCGUGUUCAGAAGGAUGGCCACAUCAUCACCAGCCGAGGCCCGGGCACCAGCUUCGAGUUUGCCCUGACCAUCGUGGAGGAGCUGAUGGGAGGAGAGGUGGCAGCGCAGGUCAAGGCCCCUCUGGUCUUGAAAGACUGAUGUGCAUCAGCAGUACCUGCCUCAAGCAACAUCUCUGCCAGCAGCACCAGGAGGUGGAUCCACAGCUCCCCAUCAAAGUGUGUCAGUGUGUGCAGGAGACAAAAAAAAAAAGACACUGGGAAAUUAAGGGAGGAAUCCAGCUUUAUGGUCAGUGUAUUCCUCACUCAGUAGGCAAUAGGAUAGGCUUUGCACUUUAAACAUUAAUUUAAUAUGUUUCCUGAAUUCUGGUGAAAUUGUUCAUAUAAAAUGAAUAAGUGAAAAAACUCUCCUUGUGUCUGAAACAUUCACUCAUUCACUACAGUGAGUGAAUAACUACUAUGUUGGUUAUUCACUAGUGCACUAUGUAGUGAAUGAGUGGAAGUUGUGGGAAAGGUUAGAUGCAAUUCACACAAAUGUUUGAAUGUGGAAUUUCAUGUGCAGCUUAUUGCAGUCAAGAACAACAUAUUCAAGGAUUGUUAUACCCAAUAAAGGCCCUGUCAACUCUA